CAGCAUUACGCGACUCCCACCCGCUUGCGGCGCCCGUCGACGCCCUGUCGAUACGACCGUAAAUGCAGACGAUGAACAGACCCGUUGGCUGCUCGUUAGCCCGUCUCCCCCGCGGCAUCCUGUCAUGAUGCUCUUCGAUCCCGAUUUCUGGGAUCGCUGCCUCGCUGGCCGGGGCAUGGCGCCAUUGCCUCGAUCAGCCAAUCCAAAGGGCAAACCAGCUCUCGAUAAGCCCUUUGCAAAGCCUUCUACAAAAUCGCGAAUCGUCAUUCCUCUCGCCUCGAAACCCGCCGACUAUGUCCCGGGCAGCGGGCCGCCGUUGCAACCGGUAUCGUUACUGCUUCCCGGCGACUCUACCGCCUACAUCGCCGAACGCCUUCUGCUUCCCUCGCCCGGACUUGCGCCCAAUGGAAAGCCUCUGCCGAAACGGAUGAUGUACCUCAUUGGGUGGCGCGAUCUUCCGGCUGCGAGCAAACUAGUACCGGCCAUGCAGGUCCUGGACUAUGUCUCCCCGCGAACCCUCGAGGAUUUUGAAGAACGGCUGGAGCAGGAAUUGGACGAUGAAAGGGAGAAAUUGGAGGCAGAGCUCAAGUCAGACCUAGCGGCACCACAAAAGAUCAAGAAGAAGAGGGGACGACCGCCAGCGCACAGCCAGAUAGAGUCUGCAGUUGUCGCUGAGCCGGAAACCGUCGCCCAGGCAAAGUCACGGCAUAAGCCGGGCGCUAUGAGUCUCUCAACGCCCAAAAAGCCAAGGUUGGAGGAAUUUGAGUGGUUGGAGGAUGAAGAAGGAGGCCCAUCGCGACAGAUUGCUGAGGAGCAGUUUCAGAGUUUGCAUGGCUACCUACCCAUGGAGUAUGAAACGUCUGAAGACACAGAAAGCCCUCUACCCAACGAGCCACCGGAAGUCAUGCGAAAUGAUUCACGGGUAGACCCUGUACCUAGGAAAAUAAAGCAGCCACAAGCACCACCUAAACCAUCAUCGAUUAUACGGCUCAGUACACCACCAAGAUUAAGCAACGGAGGACUCAUGUCGGUCAAAAUGCAGAGCUCACAGCCACCCGAACCAAAUGUCCAACAGAACAGUCAAAUUCAGCAAGGGCUGGGGUUAUCAUCAUUCAUACCAGCGGGACAGAGCACGAUACCGAGUCCCCCAAUGGUGAUCGCCAAGGAAGAGGACAAGGCAGUUAAAAGCAAUCCACCAGCAGCCAAACCGAAGACAUCGAAGAAAAGGCGCAGACCUGAAGAUGAUGCGCCGAAGACCGGGCCCGAAGAUGAUGCGCCAAAGACUGGGCCUCAAGGGGAAACUGACUGGGUCGUGGAGAGAAUUGAAGACGUCGAAUAUUACGAGGUAGAUGGCCGUGGCAUAGUGCGAUACUUUAAAGUCAGUUGGGAAGGCGAUUGGCCGCCGGACCAAAAGAGAACAUGGGAGCCUGAAGAAAACAUUCCAGCAAACCUAGUGCGGAAUUUCUUCAAGAUAUCCAAAAGCAAACGGAAAAUCAUAGCUAAAUCGGGCACGAGCAAACAGGGCAAUUCCGCCAAGGGGCUGAGUAAACCCAAACAAACUGACCACAAGAACGGUAUCUCUAAACAAAGCAGCCACAAACAGGGGUCUUUGAAACAGUCGAAACUGACGUGGCCCGGAAUCCGCAAAAAGUAUGGCAGCGUUAGUGAGGCUUUUGCGGGGGAUCAAGACAGCCUCGAUAUGAUGGAUGAGGGCUAUGACGGCGAAGAAGACGAGCUCGCUGGAGAUGGGCAGGAUGAAUUCUUUGUCGUCACAGAAGGGGGCGAGAAUGAAUUGCAGAAUCAGAGUGUCUGGCCGACUGCUAACGCUGUCUCGACUGCACUCGGCGUAUUUCGGGGGUUUCAAUGACAGGUUUCUGACGACACGUUUGGGCUAGAAUAGCGAUUUAUUUAUUCAAUUUUUUGGUUUACUUUUUCCCCCGCGCGGAAAGGAGAGCGGUGCGACGGAUAUCAUGGCAUUAGCUGGAACUCGAGUUGAGUCUCUAUGGGGGCGGGCGCAUGGCAAAUGGCGCAAGGAAUUUGAUAUACCUUUCAUGAUAUACAUUUGGUGUUGCUGCUGCUGGGGGGUUGCGCGCUUGGGAUUAAAAACAUGAGUGAGCAGCCUUACAUAUUUUCUUGAAGCAGAAUGGUUUUGUUGAAUGCUUGAGUCGUAUACUAGGCAUGAAGUGAUUAGACAGACUGCUCAAUAUUGUCUUGUUGUAAUGAAUAACUCUUCAGUUUCAACUUCUUUCUAUAAUUACC